AUGAUUACAGAUACGCUUCUUACUCUGGCCAUUCAGCAGUGGCUUUCGCUAUUGAUUGUUGGUUUCACCAUCUAUCUUGCUUGUAAUCGUUACAACCGUGGUCUGAACAAAUAUCCAGGGCCGGCUCUUGCCUCAUUUACAAACUGGUGGAGGUUCUAUGAUGUAUACAAACGUCGUCCGGAAGUCACACAUCAAAAUUUACAUGCCAAACAUGGAGAUGUGGUUCGUCUUGGUCCCAAUACCCUUUCAUUUGCGGAUCCAAAGGCGCUCAAAACCAUCUAUGGAUUGAAUAAGGGCUUUGUCAAGUCCGAGUUCUACCCUGUUCAACAAUCUGUAUCUAAUGGACAUGCACUGCCAUCACUCUUUAGCACCACUUCCGAACCUUUUCAUGCACAACUUCGACGCUCCGUCAAUGCUGCAUUUAGCAUGUCCACGCUGGUCCAGUACGAACCACUCGUCACCCGUACCACGGAAAUCUUCCUCUCUCGCACCGCCGAGCUCUUUACUUCGCCCAGCGAUCAUUCAUCUUGCGACUUCGCAAAAUGGUUACAAUUUUACGCGUUCGAUGUGAUCGGUGAAAUGACAUACUCUAAACGACAUGGAUUCCUCGAAGAGAACAGAGAUGUCGAUGGUAUAAUAUCUUAUCUAGGAAAACUCUUCGAUUAUGUCGCGCCGAUUGGGCAAAUUCCCAUUCUCGAUCGAUUCUUCCUCAAGAAUCCUCUAUAUCUUCUAGCUGCCAAAUUUGGCCUUGUGGAUGCUACAUUCCCUGUGGCCAAAUUUGCGGCGCAGCGAGUUCAGGAACGAUAUCCUAAAACGGAUGGAAAUGGAAUAUUACCUACUACAGACGCGCAAGUCAAAACCACUAAAUCACAACCUGAUUUAUUGUCGAAGUUUAUCCAGGCAAAACACGAUAGACCUGAAUUUAUGACCGAUGAACUCGUUAUGACGAUGGCUGUUUCCAUGGCAUUCGCAGGAUCGGAAACGACGGCUAUUUCUCUCAGUGCAGUGUUUUAUUAUUUAUUGAAAAAUGAAAGGUGCAUGGAAAAAUUGAUGCAGGAAAUCGACGGGAAAGCUCAAGAAGGAUAUUUCGAAGACGAGGAAAAAGGGUUAGUAAGUUGGACGGAAAGUCAAGGUUUACCAUAUCUAGAUGCAUGUAUCAAAGAAGCAUUUCGAUUACAUCCCGCACCGGGACUACCAUUAGAAAGAGUAGUACCAGAACCAGGCGUAGAAAUUGCGGGGGAAUGGGUGAAAGGUGGGACGGUGGUGGGGUGUAGUGCUUGGGUUAUUCAUCAUAGGAAAGAAAUAUUCGGAGAGGAUGUGGAGGUGUUUAGACCGGAGAGAUGGUUGGUUGGUGUGGGUGGAGAAGGGGGGAUAGAUUGGAAGAGGGAAAGAGAGGUGGAGGAUAAUAAAAUCAAGGAGAUGAAUGGUGCGAUGUUGCAGUUUGGGAUGGGGGCUCGGUCGUGUAUUGGGAGGAAUAUCAGUUUGUUGGAGAUUUAUAAGUUGGUGCCGAGUAUGUUGAGGAGAUUUGAGAUCAAACUCGAAUAUCCGGAACGAGAAUGGACAUUACAUAAUUCGUGGUUUGUGCGACAGCUAGACUUCCGAACAACGUUUCGCAAUCGGGAAUUGGUGAGAUCAAGGUCGCGGUCGGGAUAG